AUGGCUCCUCAGAACAAACGACCAGUGCUGACAAGCACACUAUCUGCCUUGUUAUCAACGGCUACACGCUCUCGUGCUACCUCAAGGCCGGCUCUACCCACUGAUUUCAACGCCGUCCUAGUCAAGUACGGCCUCACCCACCAGGACCUCAAGGAGAUCGAAAGUGUGCUCAUCGACGUUGCCACGGAAGCAGGUAACAUCAUGGUGGCUGCGGAGUACUCCCUCAUCAUGACACCCCAAACCAAAAACAACACGUCUGACCUCGUCACCGUGUUCGACAAGCAGAUUGAGGAUAUGGCCGAGAAGCGCCUUCAAGAGGCCUACCCCUCCUUCUUCUUCCUCGGAGAAGAGACAUUCAAGGCUGGGACCAAGCUGGCCGACGCACCAACAUUUGUGGUCGACCCGAUCGACGGCACCCUGAACUUCACACAGGGUGUUCCCAACUGCGCAAUCUCUCUGGCAUUAACGCUCGACAAGAAGCCUGUCGUCGGUGUCGUGUUCAAUCCCUUUCGUGGGGAUAUGUACCACGCAGUCAAAGGACAGGGCGCAUUCUUGACAAGGCCUACCACAGGAAACACGAUUAAGCUUCCUGUCCAGCAGAACCCGAAGCCAAUGCCGUCACUCAACUCCUGCUUGGUGGCUGUCGAGUGGGGUAACCAGCGCAAGGGCCCUAACUGGGCACUACGCACUUCCAUUCAUAACGCCCUUCUGACGUCCAAAGAUGAAGGCGGCGCGAUGUGCAAGUCGGUACGAUCUAAUGGCUCCGCAGCAUUAGACUUCUGCUAUGUUGCACACGGAAUGCUCGAUGCAUUCUGGGAAGGUGGAGUUUGGUCUUGGGACGUGGCCGCUGGGUGGUGUAUCCUAGAAGAGGCUGGCGGAAUCGUCGCGAGUGCUAACCCUGGUGAUUGGGAUCCAACGCUCGAGGGUCGUCUGUACUUCGCUGUGCGCAAUGCUAAGCCCGAGGAGCAGAAGGCUGUGGUGGAGGAGCUUUGGGGAUUAAUGGGUGAUCGCAGUUCUUGUGCGACAUCUGCGCCUGUACUAUCUGGUUUCGGACAGAACCAUCCAGCUCCCAAGCUCACUGAAGAGCAAAAAGAGGCGCUGAAAAAGAAGCAAGAGGCGCGCGAAGAAAAGAAGCGACAGGAAAGGGAAACCCGAUACAAGGCUUGGGCCGACACCAAGGCCAAACUCUCCGACGCGACUAGCAAGAAGGCCAAACUUCGAGACAGCGGCAGCUACUACGUAACAGGAGACUCGGGGACAGCCACCAUCCCGCAAUCUUCUGUCAACAAUCACAAUUUGACUCCUGAGGAGAUAGCGGAACGUGAGCGCAAGGAGAAAGAACGACAGGAGAAGAAACAACAGCGAAGAGAAGCCCGAGCCGAGAUCGCUAAAACAGUCAAAGCAAAACGUAACGAAGCCACCAAGAAGAGGGAGAAGAUCCGGUUGGCCGUGACGUGGCUCACGCUCAAGCUUCAUCUUUGA